AUGAGGACAAGGAAGCUCCCAUACGCACUAGAAAAGAUCUGGUUGGACAAGCACAGGUAUGACGAAGCGGAGAGGCUCUACUAUGAAAGAGAAGCCAUGCUGGCAGCCUCAGCCCCUGAAAACUGCCAAGAGGUGGAGGCAGUAAACAGUGUUUGCUAUGAUGAGCCCCCGGAGGGUGAAUUGAAAGACAUGAAAGGAAUUAGAAAUGGGAAGAAACAAAAGAAGAGGAAGCGCUCUCCAAAAACCAGGAGUUUGGUUUGCAAGGUGGACUUCGUCCUGACGGGUUUGUUAGCUGACCGUGUGUGGUUUGACAAACCUUUCUUCGAUCGCGCUGAAAAUGUGUUCAGGAAGAAACUUGCAGAUGACCUGACCCAGAAGGCCCCUGAGACUGACCUGGCGGCUGAGCAGCCAGCAUUUGUGUCUAGGAAUCUAGCAGCCAUGCACUGCACCCAUGCUAGUCUGAUUGCUUGUCACCAUGUCAUCCAGGGCAUCUGGGUCAACAAAUUCAGCUUUGAUGAUGCAGAGAAGGAGUUUGUUGAAAGGUCUCAAUCUUUUGUUCCUCCAUGCUUCCUAGAUCUUCCAUCUGUACGAUGGAACAGUGACUAUGGUGACGUUGGUCAGAGAACUCCAGAUGAAGGCUAUAUGACUGCUCUAGCAACGCCUGCUACACCAUGUCCAUCAACAGAUGUUGUGAUCCAUUCUGGUGCCUCUUUUCUUACCAGUUUGCCAAGUCCUGCCCACCAAACGGUUAAUGGCAAGCCUCAGAUACUGAGCUUGCAGGCACUGAUCUCGGAGGUGUGGCUGGAGAAACCUAUUUAUGAUGAUGCUGAGAGAUGCUUCUAUGAGAACAUGACUGAUGGGCAUCCUCCAGGGAAAGUGAGGCCGCAAGAGCGCAGCCGUCCAGAAGCCUCGAGGAGCAGCCGAAAGGAGAAGAAAGGCCGCAUUCCCGGAAAACGAAUGAAUGCCCGACAUGUGGAGUUCACCACUGACCCGCCUCUUCCUAAAGACGCUGAGUGCCUUCCACCUACCUGGUAUUUCCUGCACAAGGACAGUGAACCUUUGUGGCUUAGUAAACCCACAUAUGACCGCGCCGAAUCGCGAUAUUAUGCAUCUGAGGCCCUGGAAAUGUUGAGCAGACAAGAUAAUGCAAGGGUUCCGGAAUUCAUGCUAGCAAAACCAACUCAACCUGCCUCUCGUGCUGCAGGCGUGCCCGCAUCAGAAACUAAAAAAAUGGCAGCUGAUUUCCUUGUGCAUGAGAAGAUCUGGUUUGAUAAAUUCAAGUAUGACGAUGCUGAGAGACGAUACUAUGAACAGAUGAACGGACCAUUUGCCAGUCCUUCCUGCCAACAGGAGAACGGAGCCAGCACGAUCCUACGCGACAUUGCCAGAGCCAGGGAGAAUAUCCAGAAAUCGCUGGCCGGAAGCGCGCAAACGACCUCUUCUGCUGGGCCUGCUGGUGACCAAAGCGAACUGGUCACCAGAAUCGCUAACCUGGAGGUGGAGAACCAAAACCUCCACAGUGUCGUUGCAGAUCUUCAGUUGGCCAUCUCCAAGCUGGAAACACGCCUGAGCAUGCUAGAAAAAUCCUCCGGCUCUCACCAUCCCACGGCAACGCCACCCACACAGCACGUCACCCCAAUGAAGAAGAUGGAAUCACCUGCUUCUCCCCCAAAGAAAGUACAACUCCCGCCUGCUCCACCUGCGAGGAAAGCAGGGCCGUCGGAGGCUGACGAUGAGGAUGAGGAUGAUGACAUCGACCUCUUUGGCAGUGAUGACGACGAGGAAGACCAGGAGGCUGCCAAAGUUCGGGAAGAGCGACUCCGCCAGUAUGCAGAGAAGAAGUCCAAAAAACCUGGCCUCAUUGCCAAGUCUUCCAUCCUGCUGGAUGUCAAGCCUUGGGACGAUGAAACGGAUAUGGCGAAGAUGGAGGAGUGUGUCCGGUCCAUUCAGAUGGACGGCCUGGUGUGGGGAGCCUCCAAGCUGCUUCCAGUGGGUUAUGGCAUUAAGAAGCUCCAGAUCCAGUGCGUAGUGGAGGACGACAAGGUUGGAACAGACAUACUGGAGGAGGAGAUCACCAAGUUUGAAGAUUACGUGCAGAGUGUCGACAUAGCAGCUUUCAACAAGAUCUGAGAGCUCCUGUUUAUCCUUUCUGGAACUGUGAUUAAUAAAAGGUCAAGAUUUUGAGUGCA